GCUCAUCUGUUUACUGCAUCCUCGACUGAGUACCUACUCUGGACUGGUGUACGCAUAUCCUUUCCUCGAAGCCGUUGGGUGACUAGGUCUAUCUAUUUACCAUUCGACUACUUUGCUUCAAGUACUAUACUGUGGUACACUACCUCCCAGCUACACAGUCCUGUCCACACGAGACCACGAUACACCAGAAUAAUAUACCCUCGAAAACGAGAUCUAAUUCAUAAUCUCACCACCCGAAACCCGAUUACGACGACAAUCACCACCUAAACAACCACCACCUAAACAACGACAACAACAAUCCACCGCAAAACCCCCCGCAACACAAAGUCCUCCAAAAUGUCAUCAAUCGACCUCUACAACCCCCUCCCCCUCCACCUCUCCCCAACCUCCAAAGCCAUCACCCUCAGCCAACCGCUUCCCACGGGCUCACCAUCCGGCUCCUCAACCGCCGCCCUGGAAUCCGAACUCGCCGCCCUCAACACCCUCCACCGACUCCUCCUCGAAACCCCCAACCAAAUCCCGCCCCCGCCCCUGCCCAUCAACCCGAAACGCAGCGCGCAGAUCGCCAAACUCCGCGACAGCGCCAACGCCGCCUACCGGAAAAACGGGUUCGCGGAUGCCGCGCGUCUGUACGGGUACGCGAUCGACAUGGCGCUCGGCCGGCCGGGGUGGGAGCCCGUGACGCUGGCUCGGGAUGAGCUGGCGGGACUGUAUGCGAACCGCGCGCAGGCAUGGAUGAGUCAGCGGUUGUGGGCGGAGGGGUUGGUGGAUGCGCGGUGUAGUGUUGAAAGUAAGCCGGUGGGGAAUGUGAAGGCUUGGUGGCGGGGGGGCAAGUGUUUGGUGGAGAUGGGGAGGUGGGAGGAGGCCAGGCGGUUGGUCGAGAGGGGGUUGGAGAUUGAGGGGAGGGAGAGUGAGGGGGGAAGG